CAGGAAGAGGGACAGAAAGGAGAGAGAAAGGGAGAGAGAGAGAGAGAGAGAGAGGAUGCAGGCGAUCCGCAGGUCUCUCGUUUCCGCUACACGGAACCCUAAUCCUAAUCUCUCCACCACUACUGUCAGAUGCUUCGCUACCUCCGAUGAGUCUUCCGUCAGGAAGAAGGCUGCAGCCAUCCUUGACGCGCUCGCUCUCAAGCCAGGUGGAGCUUUGGUGCAAAAUUGUGGUGAUAGUGACAUUGGGAAAGCAGUAAUUGAACUGGCAAAGGAGCGUAAGCUUCGGACUCUAAGUAUAAUUGAAGACAAGCCUGGGAAUCCAGAAACUAUUGAAGCGCUGAAGGCCCUUGGGGCAGAUAUUAUUGUGCCAGAGAGUUACACAAGAACAUGGUACAUGAAACGAUUGGUCGGUGAAUUAAGCCCCAGUGCUGCCAUAAAUUUUAGCGAUGGUUCACAGGCGACUGCAGUUGCAAAGGCUGUGAUGAACGGGGGGACCUUUUUGAGUUACGGCAAACAACUACCAAAGCAUGUAACCUACGGAGGAAGCUCUCGGAAGCCUGUUGAGUGGGCUGAGUAUUUGAAGCGAAAGAAUCUGAAGGUGCAGACGCUGUAGCUGCCAGCCCCUCCUGAUGUUUUCUUUUUAACCUUUGCGCUUCAUCAUUUUGAAUGCAACUCCCCGCUGGUUGAGUUUACUCAUGGACAACUUCCUUUCGAGUACAAAUUCUCUGCAAAUAAUGAAUCUCUCCAACUGCUGUUUCUUGCAAGCAUAUAAAUUUCACGGAUGCAUUUUAAGCGCA